GCCCCCAUGGCCUGGCACUGAACCCCUUGCCUCCUCCCGGCCUCAGGGGUGGCCUCGGUGCUGCUGGACCAGGGAAACGACAGCCCAGGAGCUACAGGAAGAUGAUGUGCCUGCCUGUCUCCCCACCGGCGCUGGCGUCGAGGACGUGGCUGGGGCUCGGGCUCUUCGUGCUGCUCUGCCUUGGGAUGGGCCAAGCACUGGAGAAGAAAAUAGUCAGAAGCAAAGUGGGGGAAAAGGUCAGCCUGCCUUGUUGUCAUGAAAUUCCCAGCUCAGAAAGCCUACACAAGUACCGGGUCUACUGGCAGAAGAACAUUACGGACGUGGUGCUGGCCUACUCAGAGGGGAAUAUGAUCUCCAAGCACGAGCGGUACCGGAACCGGAUAGAGAUGGACCCCUGGAACCUCACCCUGUGGAUCUCCCUCGUGGAAAUCCUGGACAACGGCUCUUACCAGUGUGUGGUUCAGCGCAACUCCGUUGUUGUGUGUGACGAGUCUGUCAUCCUCUUUGUGUCAGCUGACUUCAGCAAGCCCAACAUAACAGCAGAAGUGUCCGCUGAUUCUUGCGAGCUGACUGAGAUGGUGAUAACAUGUUCUUCUCACGGAGGUUUCCCCAAGCCCAAAAUCUCUGGAGCCCUCAACAACGUGUCCAUGGAGUGGAAUGCCAGCUGGGUGUCCGAGUCCAGCCUCAGCCCAUACAAUGUCACUGGAAAACUGCUGCUCAACGUGACCAAAGAUGUCAACAUCACUUGCUCCGUUGAAUACAGUGGCUUUGCCAAGUCCACCAGUUUGCUUCUGAAAAAAACAAACGACUGUGUUGUUCCUCCUGCGCCUCCACCUUAUAAUGUCAUUACUGCUUCAAUUAUCAUCGUUAUCACCUUCCUCCUGGCUAUCACCCUGGCAGCAAGAUACCUCCCAAGGCAUGUUUGUUCUCACUGUUGUAAGCACCAGGAUUCAGUGGAUGAGGGCGUGAAAGAAUAUACAAAGGCACCCACGAGCUCUAAAGGGACAGCUGAAACAUCAUCUGUAUGACCAGAUCACAUUUGCAGGUUCUUCACGCUGUGCAUCCCGCACUGCAGACUCCACACUGUACAGCGAUGCUUGCUGCAUGGACCCUUUGGCUCUCUGCAAGGGGGUGGCAGCAGCAGCAAACUGCUCACCACGGCUGACAGCACAACCUCCUGCGAAGGGAAUGCAAACCCUGACUGUGCCGUGCCUUCCUUACAUCCAGGUCGCUGGGAUUCCAACUGAGAGGACCCUCCGUGUUCCUGCAGCGGGGCAGAAGGAUGUCAUCGGUAGCACACAAGGUCAAGACUUCAGGAACCUCUGGCUUGAUGCUGUCUCUGUGAGAAUGAGGGGCCUGCAGAGCCCAGCAGGGAGCCCAUGCCCACCUACCCCUUCAGUAACACAGAGCUGCCCUUUGGGAGACCCCAGAUCCUGACCUGCAAUCUCUUCUGUUUGUGCCUCCAUGUUGCAAGUGGGAGAAACUAAAACUUCUUUUAUAUUCAGCCUCAUACAGGUAUCUGUUCUCCCUGCUGGAAGAUUUUGGAUUUGGACUCGACCAUUACAGAUACACACCCCUUAUCCCCUAAAGAGGCAAUAGUGGACAUAUUUUUUCAUGAGAAAAAGACACUUUGGAAGUGAGUCUAUGUGCCUCAAGCUUCUUUGCAGUGCUACAAGACUUUCUAGGGAAUGUUACACAUGCUGACAGCACUCCUAAGAGCUCAUUAAUAUUGCUUAUCCACUGCAGUGGCAAAAGUUCUCAUAACCUUUCUCUCCUGAAAGGACAGCCUUGCCAACCCAAGCACUGAGGCACAGCUCCUCCAUUCAGUUGCUGUGUGAGGGCACACAACCUGUGCACACACAUGGCCAAGUUUUCACGUGCAUUCCUUCCCACCCACACCUGUGUGGCAGCCAGUGGUGAUCUCAUGUGCAGCUACUGUGAUCAAAUGUAACUCGGGGCCUUGCUUUAUAAACAUGGGUCUGCUUCUGUGUGUACAUCUGCCAUGGGAUACUUGAUAGGGAAAGCUCUGCAGAUUUUUGGGUGUUUCUCACAGCAACGUAAGGAUAUUUACUUUGCACUGAACGUUGCUGUUUUCUGCUGGUGUUCUCUCUACCCAGCCAGGACUAGAAGGAAUUUCCCUACAGGAUGCUAGCAUUGGACAGGACUCAUCGGAUCCGGGUGACAUUCUUGCCUACUGUGUAGGAAAAAAUGGUUUCUCAUUUUGAGGGGAAAGGAGGAAAAUGCCCCAACCCCCAAUAAGCUUCCUAAGCAACUCUGCCUACUAACCUAACUCUGACCUGAGUUUGACUGGAAUGUUUUUCUCUUUUGCUCUGCAAGCUGUACCCAUUUCCUCACUGUUCCAUCCACAUUAUCAGGGCAAACCAAAGUCUGAAGGCACAAUGCCAUCCUCUUUGUGGGAUGUGUUGUCACUUGAGCUGCUUAUCUUCCUAGAACACAGCAAAGACAUAGUCCAUCCAUUUCACUUUUUUUCUACUUGGUACAUAUUGAGAAACUGCUGGAAAAAAAUAGAAUUAAAAGUGGUUUAGAGGAUACUGAGCUCUGAGAUUAAGUAAAAAAUAGACAAUGCUCCCUUUCUACUCCUGCAGAGUCAUGCUGUGCCAUCACCUUUUUACUGCUUUCCCACUGUACCAAGUGUAAUGGGAACUUCAGAACAUUCUUACAGAGGAGUUUUUGACAGAGGAAAUGAGGUAAACUGGGGGAUAAGAAAACAAUUGCACUUGUGUGUUCUGGUUGCAAACAGAACACAAGUGACAGAAAUCAGGCUGUCUCCAAAAGGCAGGACUUGGUGCGUGAGUGAUGGUUGCCUGUUCUUUCAGCCUAUGCUUGUUCCAGCACAAACUACCAGCUCCUUGCAGACUGACCACUGUCUCUUGGCAUUCACUUCCAGUUUUGCUGAUUUCCAACACUUCUUCCCCACAGCCACACUGCAAUUGCACCUUGCCAGCCACACCACAGCUCUGCCAGUUGUACCAGCAUGUUUUCCCUCUCACUAUCCCAUGCUCUACUUCUGCUCCUGGCUGGUGACUGUGCAGCCUCCCAGAGAAGGGCUUGUCUUUUGCAGUGUGCCAAACCUUUCUACAUCACCACAGAUUCCAGUAACGCUUUCAGUAACUCCUUCUAAAAGAACAAAAAAAUUCCCUGACAAAUAUGGCCAGCAGCAGGUUAUUUUUAUAUGCUUGAUGGGCAGGUUAUUUGGUUCAUUUUUCAUUAAGCAAUAAUAUUCUGGAUCAUAUUUUCUAUUGCCUUAUGCUGUAUUCAGUGAAUUGCAUACAAAUGGUUUCUGUGAGACCUUCUCAGCUUCGUAUCUGCGUCAUUGUAGCAAGUGAGCUGCUGUUUACCAUGGGUGUUUUGUAUAUAAUGUUGU